UGAGGAUUUCCUUUGGGCAGGUCCACGUAGUUUGCUGCUUCGAGUAGCCCGCUCGUGUGAAACACCAGCGGGGACAGGGACUGUCCACGAAACAAAGCCAGAGUCAUGGACGGGUGAAGCGCAGCUAUACCAGCGCGGGAGUCAGCUGAAGGUCUUUGCGUGACACCGAGCGGCAGUCUCCUCACCAGACAAGAGAACCACCUGCUGAGCCUAGAUUUUUGUUUCAUUGUUUACAUUUUUCAUAUCAGCAGGACGCUUCUCACAAACAGCGAAGGACAUCUGGCUUUACCUCCCAUCCGACCCAUUUUCCCACCCACAUAAGUAAACUCUGUCCCGUUCACGGUUACGCUAAUGACAUGACCAAACUCUGGCCAAAUGGGUAACAAAAUCAUGCUUUUAUUUUUGUACUGACUCGCCUCAAAAAGUCAGGAGCAGCUCCAUGAUGGUUUUCUUGAUGAAGGCCCCUUUGUGACAAACACUAGGGCCACUUGGGGCCAGGAAGUGGAGACCCGUACUUCCUCUGAUACAAACUCAACAUUGUCGUCCAGCUGUUUGAAAGAAAAACAAAAUAUUUUUGCUUCAGGAUGGAGCUCUUCUUCAACCCCUUUGAUAAUUUGCUCUGCAUCCUGCUGGGCAUCUCCUUCACUGUGUGGUUCACCCUGCUGCUGGUCUUCAUCAUUGUUCCUGCCAUUUUUGGAGUGUCAUUUGGCAUCCGGCGCCUCUACAUGAAGACGCUGUUGAAAAUCUUUGAGUGGGCCACACUUAGGAUAGAGAGAGGAGCCAAAGAAAAGAAUCACCAUCUGUACAAACCCUACUCAAACGCUAUCAUCGCCAAGGAGCCCACCUCCCUGGAGGAGGAGAUCAAGGAGAUCCGGCGGAGUGGCAGCAACAAAGACCUGGACUCGGCCACAGAGUUUGAGAUGUCUGAUAUCUUUUAUUUUGCUCGAAGAGGAGUGGAGAGCAUCAUGGAUGAUGAGGUGACCAAACGGUUUACUGCUGAGGAGUUGGAGUCGUGGAAUCUGCUGACCCGCAGCAACAACAACUUUCAAUAUAUCAGCCUGAGGCUGACUGUCCUGUGGUGGCUGGGCCUCCUGAUCCGCUAUGGGUUCCUGCUGCCUCUCAGGGUCACCCUUGCCUUCACUGGUGUAAGCCUCCUUGUGUUCCUCACCUCUCUCAUUGGUCUUCUACCAAACGGAAGAUUGAAAAAUUUUCUGAGUGAGAAAGUUCAUUUGAUGUGCUACAGAAUAUGUGUCCGCGCUCUGACUGCCAUCAUUACCUACCAUGACAGUGAGAAUAAACCCAAGAAUGGGGGCAUCUGCGUGGCUAAUCACACCUCGCCUAUUGAUGUCAUCAUCCUGGCCAGUGAUGGCUGCUACGCCAUGGUUGGUCAAAUUCAUGGUGGCUUAAUGGGUGUUAUACAGCGAUCCAUGGUCAAAGCCUGCCCACACGUUUGGUUUGAACGCUCAGAAGUCAAAGACCGACACCUAGUGGCCAAAAGAUUGAGUGAUCACGUACAGGAUAAAUCUAAAUUACCUAUUCUCAUUUUCCCAGAAGGUACCUGCAUCAACAACACAUCAGUUAUGAUGUUUAAGAAGGGCAGUUUUGAUAUUGGCGCCACAGUCUACCCUGUGGCCAUUAAGUAUGAUCCCCGGUUUGGAGAUGCGUUUUGGAAUAGCAGCAAGUUUGGAAUGGUCAACUAUCUUUUACACAUGAUGAGCAGCUGGGCCAUCGUCUGCAGCGUGUGGUACCUCCCUCCUAUGUCCAGAGAGGAGGGAGAAGAUGCUGUGCAGUUUGCCAAUCGUGUGAAAGCAGCUAUAGCCAGAAAAGGUGGAUUGGUCGACCUCCUGUGGGAUGGAGGACUGAAGCGGGAAAAGGUAAAAGAUACAUUUAAAGAAGAGCAACAGAAGCUGUACAGUAAAAUGUUGGUGGGCACCCAAGAAGACCGCAGCCGCUCCUGAACACUAUGAUGAACUUGGACUGGCUCAAAGACCAAACUGGGCACCUCUCACAAAAUGGUCAGUGAGCAGGGAUGCCUUAGCACCGGAGAAAGCUGGGCUGGAUACGUCUCUCCCUGAUUUAGACAGUAACUCCAUUUGGCUUCUUCAGCCACCUCCUCAGCCUGGCAUGUUCAGUUGCAUCACUGUUCUGAGGUCUAUAGCCCCCCCACCCUGUGUUGGAAUAACUCGACCACAGCCCUGCUUGUAUUAGAAAUGAAAAGACAGUGACACAACGGAAAGUCUUCCUCAGUACCUUGUUUUUGUUUUGUUCUGUAGUUGAACUUUAAUUUUUAAGCCUUGUUUGUAAUACACCAUGUUUAAGUUACAGACUGGAAUGUAGGAGUGAGAUUCCAUAGAUGAAAUCUUGUUUGUUGUAAACCUAAACCUGUGGCUGGCUAGUCCUUACUGCACAAGGGAGAAAUGCCUGACUUUGUUACACUUCAGAUAUUUUUAUGAGCUUUUUUCCAAGGAAAAAAAAAGGAAAAAUUUUUUUUACAUUAAGCUUUGUAUCAACUUGUGGUCAACUGUGUUACAGACCAGCUCUUGAUGUUUUUCAUGUUUUACUAUGGAAUGUGAAACUCUUCACAUUAUGAAGUAGGAACUGUAAAGGGACCUAUAGUCUCUUGUUGAAGCAUUUCAUAAGGAUGUUUUAACAUUGCGCUUUGAAGGCUCAUGGCCAGCAGGGAUUUAUGAACAAUAAUGACCCUCACACUGAUCCUUUGACUGAAACAGCUCUAAAUGAUGAUCUGCUGAUGUAUAAUCAAACUUUUUCAUUUCCACGAUUUUAUUUGCCACCUGUUAUAGUUUCCAUGCUACCUCAUCUGUUUUAGGUGAACUCUAAAAGCUUGUCUUUAUUUUCCCCCUCAUUGAAAAAGUUCCUCCUUUGCAACCUUAAGAAAGGUCAGGAGGACCUGUCUUCUGAACAUGGUGGACGGCCUUUAGCAGGUUUACCAGUUUGUUCAAAGAUGGUCAUUUAGAUAGUCUCAAAUCAGUUCAUCAAAAUAAAUGUUCAAGAAUGUGACUCUUCCUUUGA